AUGGCGUGUAAAGACUUUGUUUCCCGUGAUGCCUAUCGCACGGAACAGGAACUGCUGAAGUCUAUCAAAAAGAAAGAAAAUUAUUCGCUCGAAAGUAAUUUCUCCGGCUCAAAAGCGCUUUUGCGUCGCCAGGUUGGCAGAAAUGGUGAUAAUUUGUAUGAUUUACUGGUACGACUAGUUUCAAAUUUGCUCGAUAAUACACCGCCAAACGUAGUUGAUCAUUUUGAGGAAUAUUGCCGACUAGCCCAAAUCGAUUUCCUCUCCCCGGAUCGCUUAUUCCUCAAUCCUUUUGAUCAACCUCGCGAAAACGACAGUACAGUGCAGAAACAAGCGCUAUUGGCCAAACAAACUCUCAAAGCCUUAACCCAGAUUGAAUACGAAAAUGGGUGCCAUUAUACGAAGCUCAGCCUGUUCGUUGAUCGCGGGUUAAAGAUGAUGGGUUUGGAUCUUCCCAGAGGGUAUGAUUAUUUUAUCAGCACUCAAAUUGACCAAACACUUCACAAUAACUCCAAUCUAAAGUCAUGCGAAUUUUGGGGCGUCGUGAGAUCGUUGGGUUGCGAUUAUUACGUACUGGAAACGGAACUUCGAGACAAGAGUGUCGAGUACUGCAAGUAUCGCGGCGUGGUUGGUACACAUCCGGAAAUUAUAACCAACAUUAUCGACGGCGUGCUGGAAAGAACUCUAAAGCAAACCAAAUCACUGAGCAUUUUGCCACAGCUGACGGCCGAAUCUUUGGAUGAUCUAACUCAGUGGGUGAUGAAUGACAUACUUGACCAACUUCAGCUGGUGGACAGAGAAAUCGAAGAACAGUUCUGUCGCCUACACGUAGCCUCUCUACUCACAGAAUUGGUCGACCGUUUAUCUUGCAUGUCCUCCUCUGAAUCUGAAGAUUCAUUCUCCGGAAUGGUAACCGAUCCCUGCGCCACUUCACAUUUAUCCGUGCACUCCACUGCCUCGAUGUUGCGCAUUCGUCUUGAGCGAAUACAACUUGAAAAUCGUUUAAACAAUCGUAAAUAUUGGGUGUCGGAGAAUCCACGCACCAAACCGUGGCAGGAGCUGCCAGAUGUCACCUUGGAGCAGCUUGAAGCAACGGAAGGGCUGCGAGUAUUCUUGAGCGGAAACCUAGAAGCACCGGUACCGCAUAUUGUGAAACAAUUUAAUGGGCUGGAGAAAAAUCUGUUGCGCGCACUGAUUUGUAGAAUCAGUUCCCAUCGAGAUUGUCAUCUAGAUGCUUCGGAAACAAACAUUUCGCUCGUCAGAUGCCUUUCGGGCAUGUUUUUUUCCAUGACUGGUUACAACCAAGAGCUGCUUCAAGAACGGGCUGAACGUUGGUGGGAACGGAAGGAACAAGGAAUGCAGUACUGGACUUCGGAAACGUGGCCCGGACUUUGUACCUUCGUGGAUGGAGAACAAUUCCGUUGCUAUUACAUUGGAUGGGCAUUGGAAAAACAAAACAACUGGUACUGUCCGAUAGUACGCAUACCGCAAAUGGCGUGCGAGUACGAAGAUGUCCCGUUUCGAAACAGCGACAUUUCACAGCAGUUUGAAGAUUUAAAUUUCGACGAUGUUUGUUCGGAAACAUCUUCUAAAAGUUUCGUUUAA